UCACUUUACACACGAACGAGGACUUCUCCAAUUCAAUCGUGUUCUCUUCGGAAAUAAGAAAUAAAAUUAAUUAUUAUCAUGCACAAUAGAAAAUUAUUUAUUGUUUUGACCAUUACGUUUGUCUCGGUUUAUCUCCUUUUUAAGGCAUUUCCUGGAGACGGGGAAAAUGAGGGUAGAACACAGGAAAUCGUGAAAAUUACAAAUACCCUGGGUAAAUCAUGGAUACUCCCAGAUGAAGAUACAAUUAUGAUGGAACCUCUAAAUUCGACCCGGGGUACGCCACCACCAUACAUGUUGGUAAUGGUUAUCACUUCACCUGCAAAUCAGAAACGUAGAUCUUUAUUAAGAAAUCAGUUCCAAACAUGGGAAAACAUGGCAAAAAAUUGGAAUAUAACUAUAAAGUUUUUAUUUUUCCUUGGGGGCUCAAACGAGGAUGAAACUUCAAUGGACAAGUUAUUUCAAGAAGGAUCCCAACACCGAGACCUUGUCAUCGACGAUUUUCACGAAACUUAUCUCAAUCUAACCUUAAAAUCUUGCCGCAUGUUGAAAUGGGUUAACCUCCGAUAUCCCUCCGUCCCCCUCCUGGCCAAGUUGGAUGACGACGUUUACAUCAAUUGGGACCUAAUUUUCGGCUUUCUCCGGAAUAAAGAUGCUCCCAAUCUGAUUGCGGGUUCCCCCUUUUCCUCCGCUUAUCCAGUGGCGGACCCAACCUCAAAAUUUUAUACGCCACCGAUCGUCUGGGAAACUGGGACGGGUUAUCCCACGUAUGCCUGCGGAGUUUUUUACAUUUUGGGAAAAAGGGUUCGACAAGAGUUGUACAAGGGCGCCCUGUCAACCAGGCUUUUUCAUAUGGAGGACAUGUUUCUGACGGGGAUCGUCCGAGAGAGAUUUCUUCCGGACGUGGGAAUCCAGGAGAUUAAAGAGUAUAUUAGCACCCUACAUCUGGAGGGGAAUCCAUGGUCCAUCUUGUACUCGGGGUGGGGUCCUUGCCAGUUCUAUGAGGGUGUGGCAGUAGCUCAUUCCUUGAGUGUGAAGCGACUCCAAUGUUUUUUUAGGAUUGGAUAUUUUUGUAAGAAUGGUUUUGUCCAUGCGGUUAAGAUCCUUUGUCCAAAGGAAUAAAGUGCUAUGCACUGUUUAUGUAUCAGAUUAUGUAUCGUCGUACUAAUUCAUAAAAGA